GUGACGUCUAAAGUGCGCGCCGCUCUGCUCUCAGCAGCUCUGACUAUCAUGGCGGCUUACAGAAGCGCUGCAGGCUUUCAAAGAGUUUUGCAUGCUGUUAAGCAUGUCUGUCUUAAGCAGAGGUGUGGUGUUAUAAUCUGCCGAUACUCUACGGUGAAUGACCCAAAUGAGAAGACCUUUGAUAAAAUCCUCAUUGCAAACAGAGGCGAGAUCGCCUGCAGGGUGAUUAAAACUUGUAAGAAGAUGGGCAUCAAGACAGUUGCAGUUCACAGUGAUGUUGACUCUAGUGCGGUUCAUGUGAAGAUGGCUGAUGAGGCUGUGUGUGUCGGUCCUGCCCCUACCAGUAAAAGUUACCUGAACAUGGAUUCUAUCAUGAAUGCCGUCAAGCAGACUGGAGCUCAAGCUGUUCACCCUGGCUAUGGAUUCUUGUCUGAAAAUAAGGAGUUUGCCAGGAGACUUGCAGCCGAGGGGGUGACCUUCAUUGGUCCUGACACGCAUGCCAUCCAGGCCAUGGGGGAUAAGAUAGAGAGCAAACUCAUCGCCAAAGCUGCCAAAGUCAACACCAUCCCAGGCUUUGAUGGAGUAGUCAAGGAUGCAGAAGAGGCUGUGAGAAUUGCAGGAGAAAUUGGCUACCCUGUUAUGAUCAAAGCGUCUGCUGGCGGAGGUGGGAAAGGGAUGAGGAUCUCCUGGAAUGAUGAGGAAACCAGGGAAGGCUUUCGUUUCUCCUCUCAGGAGGCAGCAUCUAGUUUUGGAGAUGAUCGUCUGUUGAUUGAGAAGUUCAUAGAUAACCCCAGACAUAUUGAGAUUCAGGUGUUGGCGGACAAACAUGGCAAUGCACUGUGGCUGAAUGAGAGAGAGUGCUCCAUCCAGAGAAGAAACCAGAAAGUGGUGGAGGAGGCACCCAGCACCUUUCUGGACCCUGACACUCGGAGAGCGAUGGGAGAGCAGGCCGUGUCUCUGGCUAAAGCAGUGAAAUACUCCUCAGCUGGCACUGUGGAGUUUCUUGUCGACUCCAAGAAGAACUUCUUCUUCUUGGAGAUGAACACACGUCUACAGGUGGAGCACCCCAUCACUGAGUGCAUCACAGGACUGGAUCUGGUGCAGCAGAUGAUCCGCAUCGCAAAGGGUUACAAACUCCAGUACAAACAGCCCGACAUACCCAUAAAUGGCUGGGCCAUCGAGAGCAGAGUCUAUGCCGAGGAUCCAUACAAAUCAUUUGGGCUUCCCUCCAUUGGUCGGCUGUCUCAGUACCAGGAGCCGCUCGACUUGGCUAACGUUCGAGUAGACAGUGGAAUUGAGGAAGGAAGUGACAUCAGUAUUUAUUAUGAUCCCAUGAUUUCCAAGUUGGUCACAUAUGGUAAAACACGAGAAGAAGCUCUGAAGAAAAUGGAAAACGCGCUUGAUAAUUAUGUCAUCCGAGGUGUGACCCAUAACAUUCCUCUACUGAGAGAGAUCAUUGUUCACCCACGGUUUGUGUCUGGUGAUAUCAGCACUAAGUUUCUCCCGGAGGUGUAUCCUGAUGGGUUCAAAGGUCACAUGUUAACAGCAGGAGAGAGACGGGAGCUUCUGGCUACGGCUGCGGCACUCUAUGUAGCAGCACAGCUUCGCUCUCAGAAGUUCCUGGGAGAUCUGAGGGUAUCCAGUGUUCCUGUAGAGAGCAGAGUUUGGGAGUUGUGUGUGGAACUUGAUAAAGAUGUUCACAUGCUGGGUGUGUCUCGGUCUGGAAACAACUAUAAUGUGGAGAUGGAUGGAGAGAAGGUUGAAGUGUCUGGACAAUGGAACUUGGCCUCAGCACUCCUGCCCAUCACCAUCAACGGCAAACACAGGACUCUCCAGUGCCUCUUGCGGACAGCGGCUGGGGAGAUCACCCUUCAGUAUCUGGGCACUUCAUUUAAGUUGCGUGUGCUGAGUAACCUGGCAGCGUCCCUCAGUAAGCACAUGCCAGAGAAGGUUCCUGAAGACACCAGCAGUAUUCUCCGCUCUCCCAUGCCAGGAUCAGUGGUGGCUGUGUCUGUUAAACCAGGGGAUAGGGUUGCAGAGGGACAGGAGAUUUGUGUGAUUGAGGCCAUGAAGAUGCAGAACAGCAUGACCGCAGCUAAGGCAGCCAAGGUGAAGAGUGUGCACUGUAAAGCUGGAGAUACAGUCGGAGAGGGAGAUCUACUCGUGGAACUGGAGUAGCAGGGCAUCAUCAUCAUCAUCUGCAGGUCGCUGUGGAGGAGCAAACAAAGACACUGAUAGAGUAGAUGGAACAUUCCUCCAUUCAUAGUUUUACUUUCUUUUAUACAUUCUGACUAUAAUGUAUCCAUCUCCCUGGAAUUCCACUGGAUCCCAGUGAAGGAAAUGUCAAAACACUUACAUUAUCUUGUGCCUUGGCCCUCUGUUGGAGGUUUUCUCGUUUCACAUGGAACCAACCACAAUUUGACAUCAUUAUCAGCAGCAGCGAUUGUAUUUGAACGCAUGUUUAAAAGCAGUCAAUGAAAGCUGUUGUCACACUCACUCCUUCUCUCUCUCUUCUCUCGGUGUACAUUUAACCUUGUUUAGAGAAGUGCUGUGAAUGAUUGGCAUUGCUUCAACUAAUUAUUAAUUGUUAGGUCAUAGUAUGCAAUGAUUUUUCUGUUCCAUGAUUAUUCAAACAUAAUAUGGCCUAUGUAUUCUUUUCACCUCUAAAUCGUCAAUCCCACACUCGUAUAUUUAAGCGUUUCUUCAGAAUAUACAGAUACACGCCUCAUUUCUGUCAUCAAAUGCAUUAAACUAGUCAAACAUGCAAGCUAAUAA